CUAAAUGACAACGCACGUUAAAAAUUAAUUAAUUCUCUAUGCUCCGUCGACAGUUUAUUGUCUAUUAGUGGCCAGUGAGUUUAUUGAGGCUUUGCCAGUCUUUAACAGAAUUGAUGGUUGAUAUAUGACCUUUUUGGUGUAGUUGAAACUUUAAUGUAAAAAAAAAACUAAUAUCUUUUGUUGAUGACUUUGUGUUGUGAUUAUGUUUGGUGAUGUAUUGUGCGUUCGUAUCGGAUUCUUAUAAGCGUGCCGCAAAGAGUCGCGGCCUCACUCCCUCAACGCUGCGAUCAUGAAAGAAAAGAGCAAGAACGCAGCGAGAUCGAGAAGAGAAAAGGAGAAUGCAGAAUUCCUGGAAUUGGCGAAGUUGCUGCCACUCCCUUCUGCGAUUACGUCGCAGCUGGAUAAAGCAUCAGUCAUCCGACUGACGACCAGCUACCUGAAGAUGAGACAGGUUUUUCCUGAUGGUUUAGGGGACGCUUGGGGAGCCGCCCCACCACCACCGCAGCCGCGGGAGCUCUCCAUCCGGGAACUUGGGUCCCACCUACUUCAGACCCUGGAUGGCUUCAUCUUCGUAGUGGCACCUGACGGAAAGAUCAUGUAUAUCAGCGAGACAGCGUCUGUUCAUCUAGGUUUGAGUCAGGUGGAGUUGACUGGAAACUCCAUAUAUGAGUACAUUCACCAAGCCGAUCAUGAAGAAAUGAGCGCUGUCCUAAGCUUACAGCAUCCACAUAGUUAUUUGGGUCAUCAGUGCCCAUCGAUUGGCUACCCAGUCGGAGGAACUUGGAGCUCAAGUGUAGACAUCGAAUGCGAGAGAGCGUUCUUCAUACGAAUGAAGUGCGUCCUUGCGAAACGUAAUGCUGGAUUAACGACAUCAGGAUAUAAGGUGAUUCAUUGUUCCGGUUACCUUCGCGCUCGUCGAUUCGGUGAAGGUUCUGCUCCUCUCGGCCUGAUAGCAGUGGGUCAUUCCCUUCCACCCUCGGCUGUCACAGAAUUGAAACUGCACUCAAAUAUGUUCAUGUUUAGGGCGUCUCUGGACAUGCGACUCAUAUUCCUGGAUGCCAGGGUGGCAUCCCUGACUGGAUAUGAGCCCCAAGACUUAAUAGAAAAAACCCUAUAUCAUUAUAUACAUGGCACUGACGUGCUUCAUAUGAGACAUUCGCACUGUACAUUACUGACCAAGGGUCAAGUGACAUCCCGGUAUUACCGGUUCCUCACAAAAUCUGGAGGUUGGGUCUGGAUGCAGAGCUACGCGACCAUUGUUCACAAUUCCAGGUCUUCCCGGCCGCAUUGCAUUGUCUCUGUCAAUUACGUACUAAGUGAUAUCGAAGAGAAGAAUUUAAUUUUAAAUUUGGAACAAGGCGCGCCAAAACCGAACACAGACCCGCACAUCCCACAAGUCUCACACAUCCGGCACACAGAUAGAGUUAAUGACGAAUUCAGCGCAGACUACACACAAUUUCCGGAAUAUACUCUAUUACCGACAAUACCGACAUACGAGACGGACGACUACCAGAACCAAAAUGGCUACCAGGAUAUGUUUUAUAACGAAAAUUAUGCAGAACCCGAGUUGCCGAACUACGCGUAUCCUCAAAACCAAAGACCAUUCUCGGCCAGUUCAUCAUCUUGCUCCUCCAUUGAAAGUUCUGAAGUGAAUCAGUAUAGUUACACAAAUCUAAUUUCGUUCUAUGGACAAAAUGGCCGACUGGAAAACUUUGGCAGCUUUGGGAAAUUACCACCGAGUCAAAACGUUCAAGAAGGUGGCUACACAAGCGUAAUUGUAGACAAUACGCAGCAAUUUCACGGAAGUAAUGUUAACGAAUUCGUGCAUUGACUUUGUGUUUUAGGCUGGAAUUACCGCGCGGUAAUGGCCUAUACUUUGGUAAUAUUACCUUUAAUUACCGCUUUGGCUAACCGCUCCAGUGGCCAUACUGCUUUGAAAGGAGAACAUCGGUUUUUUACCGCGCGGUAAUGGCCCUAUCAUUGCUGAUAUAUUACCGCUUUGGCUAACCGAAAAGGCAUCACUGCUUUGAAAGGACAGCGCUCAGUAUUUUAACCGUUUCUGUAUCUUGUGGAAAAGAUUUUUGUCACAUAAAUUUGUCAGUUUGUUCAUUUAUUUCGUAAUCGAGCAAAUAGCUUAUCCCCUUCCUAACCCCCAUGUCAAUGUAUUCCGAUGCUAACUGAGGCUUUCAGGAGUGUCCUUGAGAAGCGACAAAGGGUGUUGUUUUGUGUCCCUUUGGGGGUAUAAUAGACUACAUUUAGUCUACCCCAGUUAACGACUACACGUAUCCGAGUUUUGACGUCAGACGCCAAAAAUUACCGCCAUUACCAUGAUCAAAUAGUCACGGAAUUAGCGCCCAUACGUAAUUUGGAUUAUUUGAAUUUUGAUAUUGUCUAUUGGACUAGACAAAUGUGCCAAAACAAAAAGCAAAUGCGGUGCUGUCUGAUAAAACAAUAAUAAAAUUUCUAUAUUUAGUCUAGUCUUAAAAUGCACCUCUAAUUUUUGUUUAAAAAUAAGGCACACGUAAAUUCUUGUAUUGUAAUUGUAUAUAAUGUAAAUAUAUGUAUAAAUUAUUUAAUAAUGAGAAAGGUAUUAUCAAUAGAUUACACUAUGUAAUAAUAAUAAGUAGGUAUAAAAAACUAAAAUUUAACAAUAAUUAAAUUUAAAAAAAAUUAAACAAUUAUUUAUUGACCCGUGUGAUUAUAUAUCGAGCAAGUCAAAGUUGGAUAAAGUUUAAUUUUGAAGAUAUGUGAUCGAAUAUCGAUCUUUAAUAAACUGUCUAGAGAUUCAAUUAAC